AUGUACGAAGAUGCGUCUUGGUAUUCGUCCUUCGUGCCGCGGGCUGUCAAGCCCAUCGAGAAGACCAAGCAUCGUCGCCGCGAGUCGCGUCUCGAGCAGCCAAACGAGGGCCCCACUGACGUCGAGCGCGCAGAAGCCAUCGUCGAGUCCGUAGAAGACCAGCCGGGAAGCCUCAAUGGCCCGCCGCCCGCCACCGUGGCCAGACGCGCAAAGUCGUACAGCGAUUUCUACGAUGUCGUCCGCGCCCAUCUGAAAAAGGAGAAGGAGCUGGAGCGCAAGAAGUCACGCGAGAAUAUCAGCAAUGAGCUGGAAUUUGCAGAGUGGUACAACGGCAUCCACGAGGAGCUGCUGGAUGCCAGCCACGAAGAGUACAAGCUCUACCAGGACCAGCUGCAUCUCACCCGAACCCACCUCGACACAAUCAUGGCCGAUACGACCGCCGCACUCGGAACGCUUUCGUCCCUCACCGCAUCCUUCCAGGCCGUCGACGCUCAGACCACCGCCUUCCGUACACAGUGCGAAGGCCUGAUAGAUGACCAGAAGCGCAUCACAAAGCUGGCAGAGGGCAUGGAGCAGAACCUACGCUACUACCUGUACCUAGAGCCCAUGACGAAGAGGCUCAAUGCCCCAGGAGCUGCAAAUAUUGUUCGUGGGAAGGAGUUCACAGAUAUGCUGGCCAAUCUGGACAGCUGUCUCGAGUACAUGCAGGCUCAUCCCAAGCACCGCGAGUCGGCCACCUACCGCUCCAGAUACCGCUUGCUCCUCACUCGCGCCCUGACGCUCAUUCGUGUACACUUCACGAACGCACUUCGUGAGAUCGCCGCAGACGUAGCGAAACGAAUAGCAGACCGGCAAUUGAACGACACCACAUCAUCGGCCUUGUUGUAUGCAAAAUUCCGUGUGGGCGCACCAGAGCUUAAGAGAAUGGGUCUAGAGAUUCAGAAACGAGCCGUAGUGCCCGCCGGCGCAGAGCCUGGAGCGGAGGCCGAGUACCAGAGCUUGAUGAACGAGCUAUACCAGAGCUACUCGGCGACUCGCGGACGCCUGAUUCUGCCCAUGGUCACUAAAAAGAUUGGCGAGAUAGCCCAGGCGCCGAGCUCCUCUAACGAUCUUGUUGCCUUUGCCCGCAGUAGCAUAAGCUACAUUCGCCGAAUAUGCUCCGAUGAGUCCGAUCUUUGGUGUGAGUGGUUCGAGGGUGAGCGCGGCAUGUACGACUACUUGGAGGCCAUGUGCGAGCCCAUGUACGAUCAUCUGCGCCCGCGAACCAUCCAUGAAACCCAGAUACUGAAGCUGUGCGAGCUGUGCACGUUCAUUCAAACACAGUACAUGGAAGAGGAGGACGAAGACGAAUCGCCUAUCGAGGCGCCCAGGUUGGAUUUCCAAACGCUUGUGCAACCGGCACUGCACGACGCACAGGAUCGACUUGUAUUCUUGUCUCUUGCAAUCCUUCGUGACGACAUCGAACGCUACAAGCCCAAACCAGAAGACCUGGAUUAUCCACUCAAGAAUAAGAAGCACGCUCUGUCAGGGUCCAAGUCGAACCAACCAGUGCUUUCAGGGAAGAAGGCACCCAAAACCGAUCUGCCGCCCACUCCGCAAAUGCCGAAGACGCCCACAGUGGUUGAAGAAGAUGAUCCAGAUGCCAAAUGGAGCUUCAACACCGAAGCUGCGUUCAAAGACUGGUAUCCCACACUGAGAAAGGCAAUCUGGUUACUCAGCAAAAUUUAUAGGCUUGUACAUUCCUCCGUCUUUGACGACCUUGCCCACCGCAUUGUCCACAGCACCACUCUCUCCCUUCGCCACGCCUCAACCCUCAUUACCAAGUCCGCUUCCCCUACGGACUCAGCCCUAUUUCUAAUUUCCCACCUGCUCCUCCUCAAACAGCAAAUCGUCGCUUUCGACAUCGAGUUCGUCACCCCAGAGACAGACCUCCAAUAUGACUUCUCCAGCAUCACGAACACCUUCUGGGAGCUGCGCUCCCGCGGUAACCUCUUUAACCCCCGUGAGCUCGUUGGCCUGCUCAUCCCAAAGGUGGUGGAGAAUAUGCUCGACGCCAAAGCCGAGGUCGAUACAGUUCUGCGCCAAGCCAUCAACGACUUCACCGGGCAAUUCGUCACGCGCAUCACCGAGCCUAUCAAAUCCAAGGACGGCAAGACAGUCAUGAAAGUGCCGCCCGCGGAAGCAGCGCCACGCACAACGAAGAUUAGGAAGAACCUCGAGCGCGAGACGCCGUUCCUUCGUUCUAAGCUUGAAGAGUAUAUCACCGACCACCGCACGCGCGAGAUGCUUGUCGCCGCCGUUAUGGAGGCCAUCACACAGACGUACGAGGACUGGUUCGAUACGGCGUACACUCCUAGUCUGAACGGUGCGGGACGCAGCGCGAAGGGCAAAGGGCCUGCGGACGGGGUCUGGGAUCCGGAUGUGUUUUCUGAGUGGUGUACGGGUGUUUUUAAGCUGGGCACCUUGGGGCUGGGCAUUCUGGGCGCUGGUGAAGAAGAAUAUGACAGGGAAGAGGAUGACAGUGACGCUAGUGAUGCAAGUAUGAGGGCGGUCAGUGAGAGGACGGGUACGGAGAGGACGGGCGGGACGGGCAUCAGAAUUCGGAUGUAA